AUGUUCGGGCGUCAGCGGCUCCUGCUGUGGGCGUAUGCUCAUUCGCCGUCUAACGGAAAGCACGCGCGCGGACGUUCCGAGUCCCAGCUCUGUCCGUCCAGUUCUCCAGAGGUUCGGGCUAUCCGUAGUCGGUUUUUGGGUUGCUCACGAAGUGCGCACAGCUGGCUAUCAACGAAACUAGUUAGGCAGCGGCAGCGGUGGCGUCCAGGCCUCACUGAACUUUCAGCCUCGUCGACCGCGGAUGCAAGCGAUAACUCCAGACGACCUCGUGGAUCCGGACGCCUGAUACGUAGACUAGCACUCAUAUCAGAUGUGCAUAUCUUCGAUCCUGAGGGUAUCGGACAGGAAUCGGUCACGAACUUUAUGAACUUACGCUUACUGGGCCUGCUGAACAUUUGGCUGCUGCGUGGACCUGAGCGCUUCUCCGAGCGCAUUCUGCGCGCAGCACUGCGGGAUAUGCAAGAACAUAUGCAUGUAGACCAUUUAAUCCUAGCGGGCGAUAUCACGAAUCUCUCGCUGGAGUGUGAGUUCUCUCGCGCUGCCGGCGCUUUUGCGCACUUCGCCGCUAACGAUCCGCAGCGAAUAACUGCAGUGCCGGGAAAUCACGACCUCUACAACAAUUUCGAGGCACUGCGACGCCCGACACUCUUCUCGAAAUACUUUGGGCAGUAUGCGCGGAGCGAUGUUCCCCGACCAUCGUACGCGUGGAAUCUGGUAAACGGGAUGAGCGGUCGUUCACAAGGCCUUCUGCGGCGGCUCUAUGGCGAGCGCAAGAUGAUGAAACAACGCGCUCGCUUGGCGAGGCUCGGAGAGCCACUGUGGGACGGCGGACGCCUGUCUACGGCGGUCCUGGAGGAACCCACGGAUGUAGAUGUUCCUCAGCAAACGACCAGGUUUACGCCAAGUGAUACAACACCAUCGUCUACGACUGAGCAAAAUGCAGAUAACAAGGGGGGCGAGUUCCCAUUCAUCCAGCUUCGAGGCGAUGUUCUUUUCAUUGGGUUGAACACCGCGCUUCCGGGUACUGCACAAGGUGAAGUAGGUGCGUCACAAUGGAAGCUGUUGCGCACCAUGAUGGAUUCACCUCUAGGCAGAAAGCUGCGUGACCGGGCACAACUACGGGUGAUGGUUCUGCACCAUCCGGCACAGGACCCAGAUGUUCGUGGGUUGCCCCUCAUUCGUGACAUCGGUCAUGAUUUGAAGGAUUGGGCGGAAAUCCCGCCAAUAGCGAAAGCGUACAAUAUUGAUCUCGUGGUCCAUGGUCAUAACCACGUGCCGUACAUCGGAUGGCUGAAGGAUGCACCGAACACCCUCGUGCUGGAGGGCGGCUCUGGCACCCUCAUUGACCUGAAGCAUCCCGAACGCAUGGCUCGUUACACGGUUUUCGAGCUGGACGAGACGGGACGCAUCGCACGAAUUGUGGCGCGGGUCUGGAACCACGCCUACUAUGAUAGCAUAUGCAGUCUGCUGGGUCGCCCUGAGCCGCUACCAUGCGAUGUUUUCCGCACCGUGGAGAUCGCGAUCCCGAGUCACUGGAACCUCGAACGCUGGGACACGUCGCGACCACAGCCUCGAAAACGCACCCUAUUCCGCGGCUUGCCGCUCUAG